AUGUCGGGCCAGGGAGACCAGCUGGACAAAAUGUCUGCUUUGCUGGCAGAAGUGGCUGCUCAGCUAGAACAAGUGAAGCUGCAAGGAUCACGGCGUGAAGAGCAGCAUCAAGACCUCACAGAUCGCAUGACUCAGUUGGAAGCACGCAUGGAUGCCCCACAGUCCUCGGCUGCCGUGCUCAUUCCGACUCAGCUGCAGCCACAGUCCUUCACAGUGCCGUUAGCACAGGGGGUAGACCUCAACGCCCCGGCCACGGUUGGGCAGUGCAUGGAGCUGGUGCAGAUGGCGAUGCAGCAGAAGGUCGCCCCUGCUCUGGGAGCCGUGAGGACAAACGAGCGAGUGAGCAACCUUGAGCAGCAGGUCCGGGCCCUUCGCAUCCGCACAGCCUGGGCCGAGAAGGACAUGCCCUUUGCUCAGAUCGAGCAGGCCAAACGUACCAUAGUAUGCCGCAACUUCCCCACGUGGCAGACGGAGGCGGACCGUCGCCUCACAGUGGAAAAGGCCCUUGCGAAAGCUGGGCUGUGGAACAUUGAUGGCAUGUGGGACUUGACCACGACACGCCUGGACACCGGCACUCCGGGCAAGCCGGAGCUCUCCGCCACGUCCAUCCUCACAGUCCCCUCCCUCACAAUCCGGAAGCGGAUCCUGGAGGUAGCGGACAGGGUGUACCCUUGGUACUUCCACCAGGAGAAGCCCGGGACCACGGACGAGGCGAAGGAUAGUUCCGAAGGGACGGCGGAGAAGACCACGGCAGAAUCCUCACAGGCAGCCGGGUCUAAGGAGGAAGCCAAGACCUACGAGUACAGGGGCGGCGGUCCCGUAAAGCUCUCUCCUGGAGUCACACAGUUUGAACGCAGGCUUGCUUCGCCGCUUCAUCAGGGACUCAUGAACGCCUACAGGGCGGCCUUCAGCAAGUUCGCCAAGGAGCCAUUGGUGCCGAGGUGGAAGACCUUGGCCCUGGUCGACUCCAAAGAGGCUUGGCUGGGCCGCAUCGUGUACCGUCGCGGUUCCCUCACAGACGACCUCCACAGGAACCCGGAGUGCGAGAUCCACAUUCCGGAGGAGCACGCCAACAAGCUCUUGGAGACCUGGCGCAGCAUCUGGUACGACCAAUUGCGACAGCAGGUCAACCAGACGACUGUCGAGCAGGAAGCUUUCGACAGUGCAGCCCGCCUCACAGCACACAACUACGCAGAGGCCAAGAGACUCAGCAGGUUCCUGACCAAGGCCAUCCCAGAGUACAACGAGGGCGAGGACGAAGGAUUGGAUGACUGGAUCGCCAGGUUCCGGUAUGAGUUCCCAUGGCCGGUGAAGUUUGUGCAAGUUCCACCGGAUGCCGAAGAGAGGACACACUUCACAGGACUCAGGUCCACAGAAGAACUCAUGGAACAGAUGGCGGCUCAGGAACAGGAGGCUGCCUUCACAGUGGACUCGGAGAGCGGAGGUGUGGGGGCGAUGAUCGACGUGGCCUCCCAAGUGAAGCGCACUCACAGUGAUGCCGCCUCCGCUGUCAGUGGCAUCAGUGCGGCCAGCAAUCCGAGCUCUGGGCUUCCUCCUCCACAGCCCACCAAGGCCAGGCCGAGCUACUACCCGUUCGGCUCACAGGCGGAGCUCGAGGGCGCGGUAGAGGAAGCCAAGAUCACCCACAUCAACAACGGUGGGGUCCCCACGGACUACUCACAGGAGGCCUGGGAGGCAUGGUGCAUCAAGCGCCGUGCUGCUGGCUCGCAGUGA